AUGAUUCGUACAUCUACUCUCAUCUUGGCCACAACUUCUCUCUUUCUCUUAGCAGUUGUUCAAGCUGGGCCUUUACCCGUUAGUCUUGAUUCCUCUUCAACAGCCAUCGACACAUUAGGAGAAACAAGAGUGAAGCGACAGGGCGGUGGAGGCUGCGGGUGUUGUGGAUGUGGAUGCGGUUGCUGUGGUUGUGGAGGCGGUGGAGGAGGAGGAUGUGGUUGCUGCUGUUGCCGUCCAAGAUGCUGUUGUCGCCAGUGCUGUACUUGCUGUACCACUAGAUGUUGUACAUGUUGCCGUACAUGUUGUCGUCCAUGCUGUUGCGGAUGCGGUUGUGGAUGUGGAUGCGGUGGUGGUGGACGUAAGAGAAGAUCUCUUCAAAACCUCCGCAUUAAGUUAGCCGACAAGAUCGAAAGCGAAAGCCAUGCUUCCCAUGAAAACCAAUCCGAGGAGAACAGCUCAGCCGAAGAGAAAAAUAUUGAGAAGAGAGAAGUUAUUCAAACAUCUAUUGGCGCAAUCGUUGACGUACCCGAGUGGCCAAACGCAUAUGGAUACUAUUGA